CUGAAGACGCAGGGAGCAGGUGUCCAAGAUUCACACUUGCGAAAACUACAACUCCCAGCGUGUUCCGCGGCCACCCCAGGCGUCAUGUGAUCCCUGCUCACGUGUCUCCGCAGCCGGCUCGGGAAAGAAGCCCCCAAGAGCUCCAACCCCAGACUGGACUGGGAGCACACUCCGGUUGGGAUCUGAGGGGCCUACAUCUCUGGCCUGAGCAUGUAGGCAUCAGGCUUCUAGUCUGGCUCUGCCAACUACCCACUGUGACCUUAGUCUAACCUCUCCCUCCUGGGCCUGCUUUCCUGUCUGAUCUGAGGCUCCAGUCCGUGAGUAAGCGUGAGAGCUGUUCAGUUUCCUCCAGCUCUGCUGAAGCCAGCACAGACGUAGCCCAAACUCUUCCCUCUGCUGACAGCAAAUUUUAGGCAGUCUUGAGAAAGAAGAAAUUCGGGCCAGAGAGGGAAGUGAGGAGAAUCAGAUUCCAGACCUUUGGGGAGAAGGAGCAACCUUCUCUGGUGCAGCCCAUCUGGGAGAAAGAGCAGGUCUCAGGAUAUAAGCUGAACCUUGAGAACACUGAAGGUCCUUUUUCAGGGCUGGGCUCCUCAGAGCCUUUCAAGAUUCUUGGAAGAAAAAACUACAUCUCAACUGUAUACCCAGAGAGCAAAAAGAACCAUUCAGGUGAUAAGCCUGUUAUCUGAGUUCAGCCAUGCCCAAGGUACCAUCUUGGACCCAAGAGUGGGGCACAUACAAACAGAUGGAUGCCCUACAGUCAGACAAGCCUGGGUUUGAAUCCCAGCUCCGCUAUUGACCACUGUAUGACUGAGGGGAGAGUGGUUAUCCCCUCUGGGAUCCAGCCUCUUCUUUGGUUGAGAAGAGUGCUGGGCUAACAGCUCCAAACAGGUGGUCAUUGCUCGGCUGCCUGGGGCAUGUGGUUAUAAGGCAGAACCCACAGACCUUGCAGGAAGAGGGCUCUCGGGGCCAUGGCCCAGGUCAGCAUCAACAGUGACUACAGCGAGUGGGGCUUGAGCACAGAUGCUGGGGAACGGGCCCGGCUGCUACAGAGUCCCUGUGUGGACACAGCCCCCAAGAAUGAGUGGGAAGCCUCUCCUGGAGGUCCAGACAGAGGCACCACUUCCACACUUGGGGCCGUCUUCAUCGUCGUCAACGCCUGCCUGGGCGCAGGGCUACUCAACUUCCCAGCAGCCUUCAGCACUGCAGGAGGCAUGGCAGCAGGCAUCACACUGCAGAUGGGCAUGCUGGUUUUCAUCAUCAGUGGACUUGUCAUCCUGGCCUACUGCUCCCAGGCCAGCAAUGAGAGGACCUACCAGGAGGUGGUGUGGGCUGUGUGUGGCAAGCUGACAGGUGUGCUGUGUGAGGUGGCCAUCGCUGUCUACACCUUUGGCACCUGCAUCGCCUUCCUAAUCAUCAUCGGGGACCAGCAGGACAAGAUUAUAGCUGUGAUGGCGAAAGAGCCGGAGGGGGCCAGCGGCCCUUGGUACACAGACCGCAAGUUCACCAUCAGCCUCACUGCCUUCCUCUUCAUCCUGCCCCUCUCCAUCCCCAGGGAGAUUGGCUUCCAGAAAUAUGCCAGCUUCCUGAGCGUCGUGGGUACCUGGUAUGUCACAGCCAUCGUUAUCAUCAAGUACAUCUGGCCAGAUAAAGAGAUGACCCCAGGGGAUAUACUGACCAGCCCGGCUUCCUGGAUGGCCGUGUUCAAUGCCAUGCCCACCAUCUGCUUCGGAUUUCAGUGCCACGUCAGCAGUGUGCCCGUCUUCAACAGCAUGCAGCGGCCCGAAGUGAAGACCUGGGGUGGAGUGGUGACAGCUGCCAUGGUCAUAGCCCUGGCUGUCUACAUGGGGACAGGCAUCUGUGGCUUCCUGACCUUUGGAGCUGCUGUGGAUCCUGACGUGCUCCUGUCCUACCCCUCUGAGGACAUGGCUGUGGCCGUUGCCCGAGCCUUCAUCAUCCUGAGUGUGCUCACCUCCUACCCCAUCCUGCACUUCUGUGGGCGGGCGGUGGUGGAAGGCCUGUGGCUGCGCUACCAGGGGGUGCCAGUGGAGGAGGACGUGGGGCGGGAGCGGCGGCGGCGAGUGCUGCAGACACUGGUCUGGUUCCUGCUCACCCUGCUGCUGGCGCUCUUCAUUCCUGACAUCGGCAAGGUGAUCUCAGUCAUUGGAGGCCUGGCCGCCUGCUUCAUCUUCGUCUUCCCAGGGCUGUGCCUCAUUCAAGCCAAACUCUCUGAGAUGGAGGAGGUCAAACCAGCCAGCUGGUGGGUGCUGGUCAGCUACGGAGUCCUCUUGGUCACCCUGGGAGCCUUCAUCUUCGGCCAGACCACAACCAACGCCAUCUUUAUGGAUCUGUUGUCAUAACCGCUGCCUCCCAGGGAAUAUAUGGCCUUUGCCAUUGGUCCCAGGAACCCAUUGCUUAGCGCUAUGGGGCCAUUCUUAGUCCACGAUCAUUCCAGCUGGUGGGAUGACAUUUGGACAUCCUCUUGCAGGGACUGGGGCAAACUCAGGCCCCAUACCUCUGAACAGCUCAACCCAGUCCCCUUUCUGCUCUCCAGUCCUGGCAGUGCCGUGGAUGGUGGCAGGAAAUUUCACGUCAUAGAGGAACCUUCCUCCUCUCCUGGUUCUCAGCUUUUCCAUUCCUGGAAUCCAUGGGUGAAGACAGUCAGUAGAUCUCAUAAGAAAGAAUCCAGUCUGACUUCCCUCUGGAGAACACUAUGAACAGAAGGCCACCGUCCUCCACAGAGCACCCUGUCCUGAGUAGGAGCUGUACUCAUUACCCCAGGGUCAGUGGUAGCUUCCUCUGGAAUCUGGCAAUUUCCAAAGGUAGCACUGAAGUCAUAUAAAUGCACAGUCAGGUAGAUUCAGGCCUUGUCCACACCUUCCUGGGCCUCCCCGUCAUGAACCUGUCAGCUUCUUUCCCAUAGCUAAUGGACAUUUCCCAGGCCUGUCAGCCUCUUUCCCAUAGUUAAUGGACAUUUCCCAGGCUUGUCAGCCUCUUUCCCAUAGCUAAUGGACAUUUCCCAGGCCUGUCAGCCUGUUUCCAAUAGCUAACUGAACAUUUCCCAGGCCUUGUGGAGCCUCACCUGUCUCUUUCACCAAACCUGAUGGUCCAGGCUGCGCAUACCUCUCCUCCUCCAUCCCCAGACAUCAGCAGGUCUAAUGUUUACAAACGGUGCCAGCCCAGCUCUGAAGCCAAGGGCCAUCCCGUGCCAUGGUGCUGUGAGUAUUUCCUCUGUUCGCUUUCCCAAUAAGGUCGGGGAGCGUCUGCUUUUUUUUCUGAGAUGGGCCCUUCUUUUCAGAGGCUCCAGGGUUGGUGAUGGAGAAGGCUGGGAAUCCUCUGUGUGGGUUAGGCUGCUCAGAAUCAGGGUGUACCUCUCUGACACCUUUUUCAGUGAUGGUUUCGCUUCUCCCUGCUUCCUUCCACACCAACCCUAGCCUGACCACCCAGAGAUGAAAAAAAAAACGGCAGGGCCAGGCGCAGUGGCUCAUGCCUGUAAUCCCAACACUUUGGGAGGCCAAGGUGGGCAGAUAACUUGAGGUCAGGAGUUCGAGACCAGCCUGGCCAACAUGGCAAAACCCUGUCGUUACUAAAAAUUAAAAAAAUUAGCCGGGUGUGGUGGCGGGCACCUAUAAUCCCAGCUACUUGGGAGGCUGAUAUAGGAGAAACACUUGAACCCAGGAGGCAGAGGUUGUAAUGAGCUGUGGUCACGCCACUGCACUCCAGCCUGGACAACAAGAGUGAAACUCCAUCUCAAAAAAAAAAAAAGCCGGGCACGGUGGCUCACGCCUGUAAUCCCAGCACUUUGGGAGGUCAAGGCGGGUGGAUCACAAGGUCAAGAGAUCAAGACCAUCCUGGCCAACAUGGUGAAACUAAAAUACAAAAAUUAGCUGGGCAUGGUGGCGCAUGCCUAUAGUCCCAGCGACUUGGGAGGCUGAGGCAGGAGAAUUGCUUGAACCCAGGAGGCAACAUGCAGUGAGCCGAGAUCACGCCACUGCACUCCAUCCUAGCACCUGGCAACAGAGAAAGACCCUGUCUAAAAAACAAAAAAAAGGCAACUGGGUUGUCACUGAUGGGCAACAUUUGAGCCUGCCACACUGGCCUGGAAGUUUCCCUUCCGGUCUGGAUCUUGUCUGCUCCUUCCUUCCCACUUACCCCAUCACCUCUUCACCUCCCAUCCCAUUUCACUGUGUAGCUCAGUCUCUCCCAUGCACAUAAUUAGGGGCAGCAGGGGCUCUCUCAUCAGACUCCUCAGCAACACAUGUCCAUUAGGCCUGGCCUCAGCAGCCAGCCACAUUGAUAAUCAGACUGUGUGAUAUUCAGGCAGUGUGUAGAGAUAUGCUAUCUCCCCACCUCCCACCUCACACUACAUUCCCGUUUUGACCACCUAGCCCCUCAGCUGCCCCCUCUCACUUUGGCCAAUCCCAGGCACCAGUCAGGCUUCCUCCUACACCUAGAGCCCCUCGCCUUUCCUUGGCCCCUCUUCCCCAAAACCUCUGUACAGGGUAUGAGAGGGAGUCCCUGCCCAGCCUCCCACCACUCAGGGCAGGCCCAUCUAAGAAGCAGAAGCUGGUUGGAGGCUGGCGGGUUUCUAUCCAGUCCCCAGAUGGAUAAGCAGCCUUUUUUCACAUCCAUUCCUGGUGCCUGAUCUCUGCCCCCAGGGCCAGACCCAGUGUGCUGCUGUCUUCUAUCAGCCUCCGGCACAGCCCCAAGCUCUGCCAGCACCUGCCCUGACAGGGCCAGGAGGACAGCCUGGUCAGCAGGGCUGCAGUCCUCCAGUGCUGUUUCAGGGGUUGGGGGAUGUUAAGGGAGUCAUUGCACAGAGAUGGACCCGUCGGGAAAAGGAGCUGGAAUCUGACCUCUUGGCCUCACCUCAGGAGCUCCCUCACAUCCUCUCCCCACCCUCCCUGUCGGGGUUCUUCACUGUUCAUUUUCUACUUGUGCGUCCUCGGGAAAGGGAAGAUGGUUAAUAAAAGGGAUUUGUGCUGCUGA